AUGAUGGUUCUAAGAUUUAAUAAAUUACUCAGAAAUUGUAGUUCGCUGUACAAGAAAAACCAAACACGUUAUUCUUCAACAGAGAAGCAAACCAAAAUCAAAGUUAAUGAUAUUGAAAUUAAUUAUUUAAAAGUUGGAAAUGGUCCACAGACCUUAUUAUUAUUGCCAGGAGCAUUAGGUUCAAUAUUUACUGAUUUUAAGCCACAAAUUGAAACUCUUAAUCGUGAAAAAUAUACAAUAGUUGCAUGGGAUCCACCCGGUUAUGGUUUUAGUCGACCGCCAGACAGAAACUUUUCACCAGGGUUUUUUUAUCACGAUGCUGACUAUGCCAUUUCACUUAUGAAAUCAUUGCAAAUUGAUAAAUAUUCACUACUGGGUUGGAGUGAUGGUGGCAUCACUGCACUUAUAAUGGCAUCCAAGGCUGUGGACAGAGUGGAAAAACUUAUAGUUUGGGGUAGCAAUUCUUAUGUUACUGAAAAAGAUGUUGAAUUGUAUGAAAAAAUACGAGAUGUCCAAAACUGGUCUCCACGCAUGAAACAGCCAUUUGUUGAACUGUAUGGUGAAAAGUAUUUUUCUGAUACUUUGAAUGCUUGGGUAGAUUCUUUUCAAAUAAUUCUUAAAGAAAAUGGAGGGGACAUUUGUCGAGAAGCACUAUCAAAAAUCAAUGCACCUACUCUCAUUUUACAUGGAGCUCAAGACCCUUUAGUACCUAUGGAACAUCCUGUUUAUUUACACAAAAAAAUUAAAUAUGGAUCGCUUAAAAUCUAUCCGGAAGGUAAACAUAACAUUCAUCUGAGGUAUGCCGAACUGUUCAAUUUGGAAGUUGACGAUUUCCUUGCCGAAGACUUGUAA